AAAUUUCCGGAGAAAGAUAUCAAUGUGGAGGACUGGCAACGAAGGGUGCUAUUUAGAUCUGUAUAUCUGUACGCCAAAUCAUAGAUCCGUUUUCAGAAUCUAGUCUCAAAACUCGUCUUCGUAUACACUUCCCCCUCUGACUGCGGUAAAAUGCACCUCCAGCGGAAAAGCUACAUCACGAGCCUAUUCUCGGUUCGCAUGGCGCGCGAGACGCGUCGCAUCAAUUUCGGUGCGUUAGAAACGGAUUCAUCGAAAAAUGGAAGACGGGAGAAGAGACACAAGUAGCAGCAGUAGCGGCAGGACGAGGAAAAGGAGUAGGGAACCGUACUAGCGCAGUCAGCUGGUCGUGACGUCACGCGAUCAUGUCGUGGAGCUGGGUCGCGUGGUGGGAGGUGCAACGGUGUCACGUGGUCAGGCUGUGAAGUCACGUGGCGCGCGUGGUUCGCGGACGCAGAAGCCGGUGCUAGGCGGUCGCUGAUUGGCCAGGACGAUUUCACCACCAUGAUGUACGCAUUCCAUCGGCAUGACGGCGGGCUCCAUGAAUGACCGGCACGUCAUUCGUGUAGGAUUUCGCGUCCGACGACACGUCGUCGUCGCUCGGUGUCGUUCCUGUGUCCAGUUUCUCGUCGGACAAUAUGUUCCGUAUGGUCGCGCGUCGUGCUGUGCGCCGAGAAAUGGAAAGAACCGCGACCGCAACGUGCGCGACCAGCCAACGAAACGCGAUGUGUCAUCUCGAGAUGACUGUGCUGUUGCGCUGACGGUUUUUUCACCCAGUUCUCGUGACACAUCAUCGCGGCGAUUUCUCUCUACACCUUUUUUCUUCUCUUGUUCUCCCCCGACUCUGUGAAAGUUUCGAGUGGAUCGCAUCCGCGGUGUAUUCUCGUUCGUCGCUUGGAAAUCCUGCUUUAAUCUGUCAGCGUUUAUAGUGCCCUUGCCCUCGCAAGUACAUUGAACUUGCAAUUUACCAAGUGCCUUCAUGAGAACCGUUUUAAGUGAUGUUUCGUCGGUUUCGAGCAGCCCUGCGAGAAAUUUAUAAGUAAUACCAGACCACGGAUAGAACUUCUGUCGAAGUGGGCAACGAUAAUAUAGUGGAUUUUAUUAAAUAAGUGACACAAUGGGUGAAAUUAUAGAAAUAUCGCAAAGUGAUACUCAACCAGAUGCUGUGAAUGGCUGGGGCGAUACUAUGGGCAAAAUACAGUACUGGUGUCCUGAAGGUCAGCAGAGUCAGCAGGGCGAGCAGGAGUUGGCGACGAAGAUGCUUCAAAUUCAGAGUAAAAGAUUCUAUCUCGAUGUAAAGCAGAACAGACGUGGGAGGUUUAUCAAAGUAGCCGAGAUUGGUGUAGACGGAAGGAGAAGCCAAAUCUACCUGGCGCUCAGCACAGCGUCCGAGUUUCGGAACUACCUUUCGACGUUUAGCGACUUUUAUGCAUCCUUAGGUCCACCGAGCUCGGAGAACGUACCAAACGAUGGGAAACUGAAGUCAGAAGUGAUGACGAAGGAUAACAGGCGGUAUUACUUGGACCUCAAGGAAAAUACGCGCGGCCGUUUCCUGCGGGUGAGUCACCCUGUGUCGCAGACGAUCACACGAGGGGGUCCCAGGACGCAGAUCGCGAUACCGGCGCAGGGUAUGAUCGAGUUCCGUGACGCGUUGACGGACCUUCUCGAGGAAUACGGCACGGACGACGGCUACAAGGGUGACUUGCCAGAGGGACGGUACAUGCGCGUGGAUAGCAAGAAUUUCUAUUUUGAUAUCGGCCAGAAUAACCGUGGUAUCUACAUGAGAAUUUCCGAGGUGAAGACGCACUUUAGAACAGCAAUCACUGUACCAGAGAAAUCCUGGGCGCGUUUCCGUGAUAUAUUUGCAGAUUACUGCGAAAGUAUGAGGGAAAGGGGUGCCGGAACCAACGUUGGUAUGAACAGCGGCGGCGGAGGAAAUGUCUUGCCCGAGGGGAGGGGCUCGGUGGUGGCACAGGUAACGCAGAAGCCGCCGGGUGGUGUUAAGAACAAAACGGAAAAACGGCAGGCCGAUCAGCGGCAACGCGAGUCCCUGAAAAGACGCAAAUCCUUGCCACGCCAGACAGAACAAUCAACCUCUGUCAAUCCUGAAAAGUCGAUCACUCCUCCUGAUUCCCAAGUCCCGAUGUCCAGCGAUGUCCCGAUAUCUUCUGGCUCCGUUGUAACGAUGUCGAGCGCAAGCAAAAGUACGGCAUCCGAGGAAAACGUUUCGAACGGUUCGACGGCAUCGCAGGAGAUCCAAGGAUUGCCGCGCUUAGAUACUGCGCAAGCUUAAUACCGCGCAGGUUCACCUUCUUUGGCGCCACCUGUGCCUAUAUCCGUUCGCAAACGGAACCAUCGUUCAAUUUGUUCUGUUGCGUUUCGCAACGUCGUGUAGCGAAUACUUCGUGCAUAGUUUAGUUUCUCCGUCGACGCGGGUAAUUCGAGUUAGUGUUGUUGAAACGGUCGUCGAGUCUCGAGUUCCCUUUUUGAAGCUUCAUAGAUAUGGCGAGAAGAGUAUUUAAGUAGUAGGAGAAGGAGCAGCGUGUGUGGCCCCGCGGAUCACGAAUUCGACAGCCCUAAUUCACAUAGUGAGUAAGAAUAAUUAAUAAGAUCUAUCUGCAUAAAGUGUUAUUAGCUAUCCCGAAUAACAAUGUAUGGUUUAAGUCGUGAAGGCUCGAACCUCGAACCUCGAACUUCGUGUAAGUACCUAUAAGCCUCGAAGUCUCGGUAUUUAAGAUUGAGCUUCGACAACUUCGAAUACGUAUACGUUUCACAUCACUAAUUCGAGACCUGUACAGGUGUAGUUGCUUGUUAAUUUGUCGAAACGUUUAGAUUAGUUUCGUACGAACGCGGAUUUUGAGUUGCCGAGACAAAUGAUACGCGUGCGCGCGCGUUCAAAGGAUUCUACUUCUCAUGGACGGUUAAAGAUUAACGGUAAUAUUCAAAUUUCAAACACAUAACUUAACGAUACAAACGUUUUCAACGCGACGUUGAUUAACGAUGAAUUUAAUAUCCGAGAAUUUAAACACUUUUUUCAAACGAAAUGUUAGGUAUCGAACAAUUAUAAUUACCUUCGUGGAUUUAAGACUUUUGAAAAAUUCAAACUAUAGCUCUUUCGUACGAUUCUCAUUCGAUGUACUAUUCAUUUCAUAACUUGGAAACGAAGGAACCGUAAAUUUUGUCAGAGCAGAGGAAAGAAGUCUCGAAUCAUUUGACCGCGAAGUUUCUGUUUGUUUUUUUUUUCUCGUUCUAAUAAAAAUGGAUCGGUGUUGUUAGAUUAACGUUGCUUGUUUUUGCGUGAGAUAUAGAGAUAAGUUUUGUGAUAAAAAUACCUGAUUAAUAAUUGGAUUCGACCCGAGAUACUCGUAGCACCAAGUAAAAAACAAUUAAGUAGGGAUAAACACGAAACGAGAACACCUAUUGUACACGAGUAAUGACUUAAUUUAGUUAUUACAUUAUGUUCAGAGCGAUUAAAUUUAUAUUAUGCAGCCAAAUAAUAAUUUAAUAAAGAUACUU